CACACAGCUUUGAUCCAAUCUGCUGUCUUCAAAAAGUCACCUUUUCCUGCGUAUUUCUCUCCCAGGACUUCCUUAUAAUUGUUACUCAUCCAAGGGCAGCAGAGGUUGCCAUUUAUUGCAUCAUUUGAUGGAAAUAUAAAGGAGACGCCAGUUGCUUCAGAAAUGUUACAUCGAUAAUGAUUCUUUUACCGAAAGCAAGAUUAUCACGGACAAAAACAAACAAGACCGAGUAGAUAGGACCAAAACACACAGUGACAGUGAGUGACUGUUUUAUAAACCAUUUCAUUUUGCCAUUUCCCUGGACAUCCAUAUGGCAUUACAUUACGACUGAUUAAAUUGAGAACCUCAUGAGCAGUUUACAUCUGAUAAAUUCUCCAUCAACGAAAAUGGUUAUUUUAUGAAGUUUAUGUUGAUCAUCUGACUGCACGAGACGUGUGAGUGAGCAGCCGGAGCAAAAAGACACUGCCGCCUGAAAUUGAAAAGGACUGAUUCUCUCAUUCUCUCAAGGCAAUUUUUUUUUUUUUUUUUUUUCACAUCUGGGCUCUGGACUGGAUUAUUGGAGCAUAGCCAUAGAGCAAGGCUGGAGUGAGUUCUUCUAUGUUAUCAGUGCAUAUCCGUUGUAACAACAUUUGACAACUUUAAAGUUUAACGCAGUCUCAUGAGAGGAUGUGCUUACAUUAAUUACACGAAACCGUAGGACAUUUUAAAUACCUGAAAGAAAACCAACUUCAAAAUGUGUGCUGCAAUAGUAAACAACUUUCACCCCGACCACGAAGAUGUGAAGUCACCAACGACCCCAGAUAUGCCAGAGGGUGCUCACCUGUUUGCACCAGAGAGUAGUGACCUAACCAACGGUGACUCACAACUCCUGAAUGAACUCUCUGCCAAGAACAAACUGGUGAGCCCUAGUACGGAGAUGUAUGACUUACUACAGAAACAGCUGAAGCAGAGAUUAGACGAUGGGCAAGGAGAGACGGUGUAUGAGAUCGGACAGGGCGGAGAUGGCAAAGAUGGUGGACUCACCCGCGAGGAAAUGGAUGCUUCUGUUGCUACCCUGGAUUGCUUAUCUCAGUCACUAGGUGCAGACAUAGUCUUAUUGCGAGAGCGCCAGCUAGAGACUGGUUUUGUUGCUGAUUUUCUGGUGAGGAAGCGUGCCGAUGAGCGAGACUUUGUUGAAGUUCGCGUUGCAGUGGUAGGCAAUGUUGACGCCGGUAAGAGUACAUUAUUAGGUGUACUCACUCAUUCAGAGCUGGACAACGGUAGGGGACUGGCCCGCCAGAAGCUCUUCAGACACAAGCAUGAGGUGGAAUCGGGGAGGACAAGCAGUGUCGGGAACGAUAUCCUGGGAUUCGACAGCAAGGGAAACGUUGUGAACAAACCUGAUACUCAUGGUGGGAAUCUUGACUGGUUGAGAAUAUGUGAAACCUCCUCCAAAGUCAUCACCUUUAUCGACCUCGCUGGACACGAGAAAUACCUGAAAACAACCGUGUUCGGAAUGACGGGGCACGCACCGGACUUUGGAAUGCUUAUGGUUGGAAGUAAUGCAGGCAUAAUCGGCAUGACCAAGGAGCAUCUUGGCCUUGCGCUGGCCCUGAGUGUACCCGUCUUCGUUGUCGUCACCAAGAUCGACAUGUGCCCACCAAACGUCUUGGCAGAGACCAUGAAGCUGCUACAACGAAUUCUCAAAUCUCCCGGUUGCAGAAAGAUCCCCGUGCUUGUCAACAACCACGACGAUGUUGUCAUGGCAGCAACAAACUUUAGCUCGGAAAGAGUGUGCCCGAUCUUUCAAGUCUCCAACGUCACCGGAGAGAAUCUACCUCUACUUAAGACGUUCCUCAACCUUCUCUCAACCAGAAUGCACUGCGACGUCAACGAGCCGGCCGAGUUCCAGAUUGAUGAAACCUAUUCAGUGCCGGGUGUGGGAACGGUUGUAUCGGGAACGACAUUAAAGGGUCUGAUCAGUGUGAACGACACAUUACUCCUGGGCCCCGAUCCCCAGGGGAACUUCCAACCGGUCAUCGUGAAGAGUAUCCAUCGGAAGAGGAUGCCGGUACGGAUAGUCAAGGGAGGACAGACCGCAUCCUUUGCGCUUAAGAAGCAAAUCAAACGUUCCCACAUCAGGAAAGGUAUGGUGAUGGUCUCGGCCCACUCCAAGCCAGAGGCUUGCUGGGAGUUUGAAGGAGAGAUUCUGGUAUUGCAUCACCCGACGACAAUAAGCACUCGCUACCAGGCCAUGGUUCACGUCGGGAGCAUACGACAAACGGCAUCCAUCAUCUUCAUGAGUCAAGAGCAUUUACGAACUGGAGACAAGGCCCAAGUUCGCUUCAGGUUCAUUAAGAACCCAGAGUUUCUUCAUCCAGACAGUCGCAUGGUCUUCAGGGAAGGCAGAACCAAAGCCGUGGGGCGCAUCACCAAGACUCAUCCCCACGUGUCGCUCAACGUUCUCAAGAACAAGCAGAAGCUUGGGAAGGGCAGAGGUCAAGGUGCUGGUCCCAAACCACCGGACAACGUGCCGGGGAGGUACGCUACUGGGGGCCCGGGGUCACGGGGCGGACGCCGAAGCCGCCACCGAAAGGCCAGAGAGGCUGGGGAUGAUCCCGAGGAGGACAGACACCAUGAUGAAGCAACGGCGAGCUCGUCUGGAUCAGGGACUCAAGUAUAGCACUACGAGUAACCCUUAAAGGCACUGGACACUAUUGGUAAUUACUCAAGAUAAUUGUUAGCACAAAAACUUACUUGGUAACG